AGAAACUUCCUGGCUGACGAUCUUGGAAUGAUAGGAAUAGGACUCGUCGUAGGGGUAAUAAGUAUUUAAGUCAGCGCAUGCUACCAUAGGGUCAAGCGAUUCUUCCUCCCCAUAAAUCACCUAAUCCAUCCAAAAUACAACCUCAUACAGUCACACCAAUCCGCGCUUCUCGAAGCCUUUCUCAUCCAUCAAGCGCCUUCAACUUUUUAAACUUCCCAACCAGAACAAGCCCACACAAUGAACAACAACAACAAGAACAACGACUCCGGCAUCACCGGCGCCGGCAAGCUGGUCACCUCGACCCUCGGCAACACGGUCGGCGGGCUGGCCAACACGGUUGGUGGCGUGCUGGGCGCGGCCUCGCGCGGCGUCGGCGAGACCGUCAACGCGGCCACGGGUGGGCUCGGCAAGCCGCUGGGCGACGGCGUCGCCAACGUCGGCACGGGCAUCGAGCGCGGUGUGGGGUCUGCCGCGCAGGGCGUCAAGGAUGCCGGCGAGUGGAAGAGUCCUUCGAAGUGAUGAACACAAAAAACAUUGCAUGGGUAGUUGGAGGGAUGGGGAAAGUGGUUGGUCGGAAGAUGAUUUCUUUCACAUGAAUUGGGUUGGGAUGGUGUCGGUUUGCUUUUUUCCCUUGGGAAUCAAGGGCGGCUAGGCUGAUACAAAGCAUGGAUAUGGUGCUCGGUUGGGAGAAUGGUUUGGCAGGUUUAGUGGCUAAGUCAGUCGUCGUCGAUGGAGGAUGCGUCUCUUUUAUGGCAUACUACUAUGUUCGUUUGUAGCGAUAUCGUUUGCCGAAUUGAAGUCCAUUCAGCUGCUUUACUGCCAACAAAUCAAAGUUC